GCGGCAAGGAUGAUGACAUGAGCUUUGCUGGCGUUGUAGCAAUUUUCUUCACUCAAGAUGGAGGCCGCUGGGCUUAUAACAGUGGAGGCCGUUCGCGAGCAGCUGGAGGUGCUAGGUCACACUGGUGUUCCAGAUGCCAUGAUAGAGAGCUUUCUGCGAGAGCUGGCGAUGUCGCCCGAUCUUGUAUGGGGCGUAUCAGGCAGCUCUGCUCCUCCUGGUCCCUCUUCACCCGAGCGACGAUCGGCACUGAUGAGAAAAUCGAAAAGCUCUGCAUUUCCACUUCCAGUUUCUCCUUCCUGUUCUGAUGCUUGCAAUUUGGCCGUUCCUAGUACGAUCGUGCGGCGGCGGGAACACCAGACAACGGCAGAGGUGGCAGUUACGUCGUCACGAGAUCAAGGCGCUGAUAACUUGGUAUGUGGUAUAGAGUCCGACCUGGCUGGCCUUCGAUCAGUGGAGUGGACAAGGCGGCAGUGGGGAGCGAGUACGCCGGAGGAUGACGAUGAAGAUUCCGGAGGUCACCAAGACGAUCGCCGUCAGGGAAAGCGGUUCUCUUGCGAGCAAGACGAUGUGAGCACUGUGGUGUUGGAGGGAGAAGAUGCUCUCGACUACGACAGCGAGGAUAGCGUGUCGGAUUUUCGACUGAGAGGAGCAACUCCGCUAUUUGCCAGAAAGGGGACGGUAGAUGGUGGGAAAGGAGGUGGGGUCGGGGACACGGUUGGCAAUAAGCGCAGGAGCUAUGGCGCAGCAGCUGCAGAGUUAGGUCACGAUGAUGGUGAGAAUGCAGAGGGGGUGGGAGGAUGGAUGGCAGGCCUCGGCCUCGACCGAGGCCGUCGUGAUCGGCAGUCGGAGAAGCAGAUCAAGAUCGCCACCGAACUUGACGAGAGAACAGAGAGACCGCGAGGAGGAGAAGAUGGGAGAGAGAAGUGGGUUGGGCUGAUUAGCGGCGCACGGUUGGAAGGAGUACAUGAUGAGAGGAAGGGCUGCCAGACCAAGAUCGCCACUGUGACGGAACUUAACGAGAGGAAAGAGAGAACUCAAGGAGGAGAAUUUGUUGGGGGAGAACGACGGGUUGGGCUGAAUGGCGGCGCACUGUUGGAAGGAGUGCACGAAGAGAGAAAGGACUGCCGCUCGGUGGCCAUCACCGGAUCGAGAUUGCGAGAAGGUUAUUGCUUGCAGGCCGAGGCUGCUGUGGUUGUGGAUACGUGUCGCAGAGCAGUUGAUGCUGCCACGAGGAGGGGUUUGGUGGACGGCGACCUGGGCAGCUUUGCUGGGAUCUGGGGCAAGGAUGGCAACGAGGGGGAACGUGCUUCGUCGGUGGGUACGACCAGAGCCGCUACGGUGAAGACGGUGGUAAAUGCGGACGUCGCUAGCAAUGCCGGCCUCGCCUCCUGCAACAGCAGUCGUGCUGGACCCUCUGCGCCAGUAGCUGCGAGUGUUGAGAUGACGACCAACGUGAAAGAAGCUGAUUCCAACCUGGUCAGUGACAGUUGCCUGUACGAAAAAGGCGGUAAGAACGAAGUUGUCUUUUUAAAAGCCAGGAAAGGCAAUCUUGUUGAUGAUGGAAAGCCUGGAACUUCUUUCGCAGUCGCUGAAGAUUGUCGAAAAACCGCUUGCGUGGAUGACCACGGAGUCGGCUUUGGUGGGGUGGAGACGCAGGCUGAGUUGGGGAUACCGUCACAGAAGAAGUCAUCUGUCGACUCUUCAGUGUCCUCCUGCACGCGUGCAGCGCCGGCUUUGUUGGCGGCAGAGAACUGCCAGCAAGAUGAAAGCUCGGCGGUUAUGGCGGCGGCAGCAGCGCCGGGGUUCCAGCCCCCUCUGGACAACCACGCUUCGUCGUCGCCAGCGGCGUCAGAUUCGCAGCUUUCGUUCGAGCUGCAAUGUGGAAAGGGUCUUCGGCUACGACGAGAAAGGAUUCGGAGGACUUACGGUCUGUCUCAGGAAGUGGACGAUAGCGUGCUUGACUUGCUGAUGACGCCCUGCCCCUCCUCCCCCUCCUCGUCUGGAGCAACCCCAUCUUCGUCGCCCAUUGCCGCAGUGCGACGGCAUCGACCCAUCAGUGACCGUCACACAGGUGGGCUCCUGCAACCCAUCGGUUCUGUCGCUUCUCCUAUUGCAACUGCUGCUCCCACCAUUGUCUGUAAUAACGAUGAAGAAGCUUAUGGCUAUGGCGGGGAGCGUAAGAGCCGUCCACCGCAUGUGGAUUCGGGGUCAAGCAGUCCCUUGUUAUGGUCGCAAGAUGGUGCAAUGCGACGACGUCGGCCCUGCCGCUCUCAGACCGAGCGCUUCCAACGUCCUUGUGCGACGACUUUUCCUCCUCCUCCUGAUGCUGCGAGCGCUGAUUCUACCCAUGCCGAUCUUAGAGACCGUGCGCGUAAGACAGUAGCCGCAGCUAUGCUCAGACAUCAGAGAAUGACUGUAAUACUGGGGGAUGACGGGGAUGGUGAUGGAGAUGACAGCGGUCGCAGGGACAGUAUGAAAGAUCUUCCUUCUUCCUCUUUGCCAGCACCAACUGUGAUUGGAGGAAGCCGAGAAGAACCUGGAGCCGCAGGUGAGCCUUGUUUCUUCUUAGGUGCCCAUCACAGUCGUAGUCGUCGUCGUCGUCAGUCUAACUCGUCGGACAAUAGUCUUGCAAGUUCUCGUCUGCCUUUUACGUUUUAUGACAUGGCUAUGGAAGAAAUCAAAGAGAACCUUGCUUUCGCUGAUGGGGUUGAAAAUAGCCAUCAGCCAUCGCGUAAAAGAAGAGGAUGUCGACAAACCAAAGAAUUAGAUCAAGAAGAACCAGAAGAAGAAGAAGCAGAAGAUGCAGAAGAAGAGGAAGAAGAAGAAGAAGAAGAAGAAGAAGAAGAAGAAGAAGAAGAAGGAGGUAAACGACAAGAAGGUGGUGUUUUUUGUGAUCGUGGCGCUGCAAAAUGUAUCUGUAAGAGCACUCAACUUAGUGAUCCCCGCCCUCCCUUUCCUCUGGUCUUCUUCUGUGGGGUUUGUAGUAGCGGUUGUCGCGACUGUCAUUUGCCUUCCAAGCCUGCUGCUGCUGCUGCUGCUACUCUCCCUUCGGCUGUUGACAUCAACAUCCCAGUCACAGCUGGUGGCAAACUGCCAAGCCGCAAGGGACGCCGGGUCUUGCAGCCUGUUGACGUCAAUAUCCCGCUGACAGCGGCGGCGGAGCGCUGCUACCGGGUCGCCGCCACGGUCGGCGGCAGCAGUGCGCAGAGCAGAAGUGGGGUAGUAGUAGACGGCGUGUGCCCCCACGGUAGAAGAAAUGAAAAUGACUUUGAAAGGGGUGACCAUGCCUUGCGUCCUGAAUGGAAAUCAGGCCCGAAGGCUGGCUACAGCAAUAACGAUGACGAUAAGGUUGCUGCUGUCAGUGGCAAACCGUUCGUAGGAGCCAGUAGCUGUACGAGUUGUUGUGGAGGUAGCGCUCGCUCUUCUUCCGGAUUAGGAGGGCAAUGGCAGGGCACGACUUGUUGGGGUAGCAGGGGUUGUCCGUGCUGCACAAAAGGUGGGCAUUUCGACGGCGCUGCUAGUUGCUUGGGAAGUGUUCGUUGCACGAAGGGGUUGCAGUUUGGGGGAGGUGGUGAUGUGUUUUCCAAUGGACAACGGGGGAGAGUUGAGGGAGCGGAGACUUCGUCCAUCCCCUUCUGCUCCCAGGGAGGGAGGAGCUAUGGUGUCAGCGACGACGGCGGGGGUUGUUGUUGUUGUUGUUUCUGCACGCGUGACGCAGGGCGCGUUUCUGGUGGAGGCAAAGGCGGUGGCUUACAUUUAAGGCGCCGGCGGUUAUUCUGUGCGUCAUCUACAAGGCCGGUUUCUCAGGCUCGCAGCGGCAGCAGCGCUGGUACCAUUUUUGCCUCAGGGGCGGGAAUGCCGCGGGUUGUAGAGUCAUCUGGCAGUGGAGGGAAUGCUGCAGGCCGCCGGCGAUUGCAUACGCCAGCCAAUGAUCGGCAAGAUAGUACAUCAAGUGGUGGCAAUCCAGCUGCUGCUACAACAGGUGGUAGCGAACCUGCUAAUCCGUCAUGUGACGGUUAUGGACCUGAUCAUCGUUCGCGUGAUAAUGCAUUUGCAGCUGUGCUACACCCUGCUUGCCGCCGCAGCACCGGGGCAUGCAUGCGUGAUGAUGGUGGUCAUCAUAGCCGUCUUACGACGAGCAAUCGUUGUGUCAGCGCAACGCAAUCUGCUGUAGUAGGGGAAGGUGGCACCGUUGGUUGUGAUGACAGUCGUUGUGACAAAGAUAACCACUGUGGUGCAACGAUUAGUUCUCGUCGAGGAAUGGUCCAUAAGUCGUCGCUGAAUUCUGGGAUGUUCUCGUCCUUGGCAGAGCCUGAUGCAACCAAAGGAGAACAAGAGCAUGCGGGGUUAGCGCGUGAAGGAGGAGCACCGUCGAACGCGGCAUGUCAUCAGGUGAUGGAGCAGCGAGAUGACCGUGGGAGAGUUUCUUCUCCAGGAGCUCCUCAUCAACAGCAUCGUAGUCUGUCGGCGAAGGAAGAGACGAAAAGAAAUGAUGAGCAGGAGGAUGAAAGGUUGAGAGGGCAGGAGGAGGAGGAGGAGGAGGAGGGGAGGGGGCGGGAUGGGAAUCAGCAGCAGCGGUUGGCCAUGGGCAGAGAGGAAGACGGUGGCAGGUAUCUAGGGAACGCGGUUAGCAGCAACAGGAGGAGACAGCAGAGCUGUGAAUUGGACCACAGGAGAAGAAGGUUAGGGGGGAUCUUGCAGGAAGAAGCUGUUAGCCGGCGGUGGCGGCGAGGUUCUGCAAGAGGUAAUGCUGCUGUCACGCAGGGUCUUUCGUCGGGCGACGUAGAGAACUUGACCAUGAUGGGCGACCAGGUGCAGAAGGUCACUCGUGCAGGUUGUUCAAGUGGGGCUGAUCUUUCAUCUCCCGCGAGCACCGCUGCUCGAGAAGCUGUGGUGUCCUGCAGAUCUUCCAUGUCCCACACACAGUCACGUGGUUCGUCCGUCCUUGGAACAGGAUCUUCCCCCGUCAGACCAGGUUCAUCCGUUGAACCAGGUUCAAGUGGAAGGACGUCGCGAGCUGAUGAACGGGAGGCUCUUGGGUCCGGUUCCCCCGCUGCGUGCGACGGUCAUCGAAUCCACGCCGCGGCAUAUGCAACGGAUGCAGAAGAAACCUUAUCUGAUAACGAGGUACGCUGUGUCCUUGCGGAUUUGGGAUGCCCCAAAGGUUUGAUGCCAUUCCCACGCCUGGGGAGGGUGGAGCAGCCAUCGCUGAGUGUGCCAGAAGACGACCUGGAGGAACGCCGUAAGGAAGAGGGAGAAGACGAGGGGUUCUGGCCGUCCAAGAGGAAUGCAGUGAUUCCCGCCCGACACCGUGGUGGGAAUUACCUGUCAUCCGAUGCCGAUGCGGACGCCGAUGUGGAUGCAGAUUCAGAAUCUUACUCGUCGGAUGCUGAGUCUCAGUCAGAGUCCUCUGCAGACUCGGAUGGCGAGCGGGGGGUCUCUGACUCAGAGUCAGAGUCAGACCAAAAUGAUCGCGAGGAUGGCUGCUCUAGGGAAGACGAGGAGGAAGGGCGGGCUUCAAAUCGCAACUCCGCCGUCUUGGAAUUACUCGAUCGACGCGAUUUGGCCCUUGACAGUCAUUCUGUAAGGCAACAGCGGCCAGUUAGUGCUCCUAAUAAUAGUUCUUCGGGGGGGAAUUGGAACAGUUCCCGGUCACAUUCAAAUUGCCAAACGGCGCUUAACGGUGGUAAAGGGGAAGCGGCCGUUAAAGAGCGGACGUCAUUGCUGGCUGCUCAAGGAAUGAUGACGUUGCCUGGCUCGAAAUCAACGGCUUGUCUGACAGAGAGGAGCAGGGCCAGCAGGUGUGAAAACAAACAGCCGGUGCAGGCCGGAAGUACCACACACUGCAGUCAGGUUGGUGGAACGAGAAUGAACGGGGCGGCUAAUAGUCAGGAAGAGACUGUGCUUGAUGGGCAUCCCCGACCUGAGACCGUUACUGCUACUGCAGAUUAUCAGAAUCGCCCGUUGCAGUUGAGGGGCGGCAGGAGGGAGUUAGACGCCUCCCCCCAGGGAGGUGCUGUUGCCACCACCGAUCGGAGACGCCAGGCCUCGACACAGGGAGAGGCUGCUGGCCGUUCGAUGAACGAUCGGAGACCCGAGUCCUCGACACAGGGAGAGGCUGGUGGCCGUUCGAUGACCGACCAACCGAAUGCGUGGAUGGCGAUGACGAACGAGUCAACGGCGGUGGAUCCGUCCGUGCAACACACUGUUUUGGCUGGACAGCGGCAGGAGGGGAGGACGACUGUUCCCGACGAAAGAUUUGGUAGCUCGACGACAAACUGUGACAUCCACGGAGUUCCUUAUUACCACGAGGCGGAACUUGUCGAACGAUUGAACCUCAGUCUGACGCUCGGAAGGAAGGAUCGUCGACCGUUAUCACGCACUGAAUCAGAUUCGCCGCAUGGGGGGGUGACACGUGGAGGUCGGGAUAAUGACAGUGAGAUGGGACCAGGUCACUCGAGAAGACCUGGAGGGCUAUUGGCUCAAGUUUCUGCGCAGGCGAUCGACCGCAAUGAGACCCGUGGAAGGGAAGACGCGAGCGUUUUGCCAGGAGAGAACUCCCUUCCAGCCAGCGGACGCGAGUGUCGAGGAGGGAACAUGGUUGGCAAGGGUGCUGAGGAGGGAACAUGGUUGCUUUCCGGAGGUUCACCUCGAGGGAGCGAGAAGUGGGAUGAUGACAAUGCUUUAGGGUCAACGGUUGCUGCUGAUUACGAGUGGAGGGCACGUGGCGGGAGAGGAGGAGGAGGAGGAGGAGGAGGAGGAGGAGGAGGAGGAGGUGGAGGAGGAGGGUUGCAGAGCCCUAUGGGGAUGGGAGAAGAGGGGGAGGGGCUUAGAAAGAAGUGGGUUUCUGCAGGACGCCCCAGCUCAAGAUCGAGCGGAGCGGGUUCGACUACAGAGCCAGAGGGCGGGAGACGAGAGGAGAAGGCGGUGAAAUUGUCCAGGGAGAAGGCGCAGGGAGAGCGAAGUCUGGACAGACUCCCGCGUCCCUUGGGGACGGUUGGAGCCACGACCAAACCGGGGAGAAGGAAAGCGAAAAAGGAUUGGGUGUUUGAAACGGCGGCCAACGAGAACGAGGCGCACGAGGGGGAGAUGCAGAGAGACGAGGAGGCAGAAGAAGCAAAGGAGCACAGGUCUGCUGACCGGCGUGGGUGGGAAAAACAGCGGCCAGUUAGCUGGUUUGAUGCAGAAGAAGCUAAGGAAAGUUGUCAGUCGCGGGUACCCUCAGGAGGGGGUCAACGGGAAUCAGCACGUGGAAAAAGCGGCGAGAGGCAUUUGCCGACCAAGCCAAUGGUGAAACCCUCCUCGGCUCAGGGCUCUACAACCCUUGUACGGAAGGGGAAGGUCGACCGAGUGGCCAUGUAAGUGCUGUCAAACUGAAGUCAAGAAUUUAGGGAAGUCGAGAACUUAGGGAACUCAAGGGUGAAGGUCUAGAUAACCAUAUUACAAUGUC